AUGCCUCAUAUCAGACUCAAUUCGGGUCGUCAAGACCCGUUUAACCAGUCUGAUGAAGGGUAUGCACCACUCACGGGCCGGACUUUGCCGAGGCCUUUGACACCGGCAGCUGAGUUACCCGGCCCAGCUAUUGGGGCUCAGGGUAUCUCUCCGUAUGGUAUCUCACAGGCACCAGAGUCUUCGGAGUUUCUUCUUCCACCUAGGUUACGGCCGACACCACGCGAUGACUCGGAGCGAUCUGGUUCACCGGAUCGCUGGUCGGCAGCUGGGUCGAGUGUUAGCUCCAUGAGCCGUGAUAGCCGGUUCAUGAUGGAUCCGUUUGAUGAUCACUCAAGAGAUCCUUUGACGCGGUCUGGGACGCGUUCUGGGAGUGACGAGUAUGAUAUGAAUACACAGACUGUGUCGGAGAAGUUUAAUAUCACGCCGUCCGAUGGGUUGUUGCUGUUUCCGGAGGAUGUUGAAAAGGAUGACUACCUGCAUAACCCGGACCCGUUAGACAAAGACCGUGACUGCGAUCUUUGGAAUCGUCGUGGUGUUAUGAACAUGGGUGGUUUGGCGCUUUUGACAGUUGGAGUUUUGGUACUGUUUAUUGGUUACCCAGUUAUAACUUGGGUGGAAGGUGUUCUCAAACCCAAGGACGUUUGUCGUCCUGGUGACAUGCUCUGUCUUGACGUUGGGGAAAGGCCUCUUUUGAAUAAUCUCCGACAGGGAUUGAUUGAUCCAGAUACACCAAAAGAGGCUCUUACAAAGAUGAGUGCGGAAGGAAAAGAGUUGAAACUAGUGUUUUCGGAUGAAUUCAACAUGCCCGGACGAACAUUUUACGAUGAAGAUGACCCGUUCUUCCAAGCGGUAGACUUGUGGUAUGGCGUGACAAUGGACAAGGAGUGGUACGAUCCCGACGCAGUUACCACAAACGAGGGUGUCUUGGAAAUUCGAUUUGACGACUUUAAGAACCACGAUGUCGCAUACAGAUCUGGCAUGCUUCAAAGUUGGAACAAACUUUGUUUCAAGGGUGGCCGCCUGGAGGCCAGCUUAUCACUUCCCGGUGAUGGCCACAUUGAGGGUUUCUGGCCUGGUUUCUGGGCAAUGGGUAACCUCGCUAGACCGGGUUACGCGGCUACUACCGACGGUCUGUGGCCGUACAGCUAUCACGAUGGAUGUGAUGCGGGUAUUACACCAAACCAGAGCUCUCCAGACGGAAUCAGCUUCCUUCCUGGCAUGCGUCUACCAGGAUGUACUUGCCCCGGUUCUGAUCACCCGUCUCCUGGUCGUGCUCGCAGUGCUCCUGAGAUUGAUGUGAUCGAAGGUAGCACGCAGCCUCUUUAUGGUGCAGCGGGUGGUCCAUUCGUCGGUAGUGCGUCGCAAAGUUUACAGAUCGCGCCUUUUGAUCUCUGGUAUAUGCCAGACUAUGACUUUGCCGCCGUAUAUGACCCUCGUAUCACACAAGUCAACGCCUACCGUGGUGGCCCCUACCAACAAGCAAUGUCCGGCCUGUCAAACCUGAACUCACGUUGGUACAAUGGCACAGAAUACCAGGUUUACGCGUUCGAAUACGAGCCUGGUGACAAAGGAAAUGUGACAUGGUUCAUCGGCCAAGAGAAAUCAUGGAGCAUAGAUGCCCGAUCCAUCGGUCCAAACGGCAAUAUCGGCCAACGCACUAUCCCCCUCGAGCCAAUGUCCAUCGUGAUGAACCUGGGUAUGGCGGAUAACUUCGCCCCACAGAACCAUACCAUUCGCGAGUACAUGCCCGCAUAUCUGCGCAUCGAUUAUGUCCGCAUCUACCAGGAUCCGGAUGAUGUGCUCAUUACUUGUGAUCCUCCUGGCUAUGAGACCACCGAGUAUAUUAAGGAUCACCAGAAGGCUUACGAUAAUAACAACUUGACUAGUUGGAAGGAUACUGGGUACCAUUGGCCUGAGAACAGCUAUAUGAAUACUUGUUGA